CGGGCGGGGCUGACGGCGCUCUCCGCAGACCCCUUUGCGGAUGCAAGUAAGGGUGAUGACCUGCUCCCGGCCGGCACUGAGGACUACAUCCAUAUAAGGAUCCAGCAGCGGAACGGCAGGAAGACCCUCACCACAGUCCAGGGCAUCGCGGAUGAUUACGAUAAAAAGAAACUGGUGAAAGCCUUUAAGAAGAAAUUUGCCUGCAAUGGUACUGUAAUUGAACACCCCGAGUAUGGAGAAGUGAUUCAGUUGCAGGGUGACCAGCGCAAGAACAUAUGCCAGUUCCUCGUGGAGAUUGGACUGGCUAAGGACGACCAGCUGAAGGUCCACGGGUUCUAAGUGCCUGUGGGUCACAGGAGCUUUAUGCAAGAUUUCCUUACCAUGAAUAUCCCACCUGUCCCUUGUCAUAAGUUUAAGUCAAGGCGGUUUGUGUAAUGUGAGAUCCUGGGUCCACUCCUGGCUCUGGACCGGUGUAAUUGGUGAUGUAAUAAACUGACACGAGCCCAUGC